AUGCCAGAAUCCAGCUGCAGCUGUUCAUCGUCCUCGUCCUGCAGAUGCAGCAACCUGGGCCUCUCCAGCAUUCCUCAGAACCUACCACCGUCAAUCACUUCCUUGGAUUUGAGACAUAAUCAGAUUAAAACAUUAAGGCAGUCAGAACUGCUAAGGUACAGGAACUUGGUAGAGUUGGAUUUUGAGAAAAAUAGAAUUGGCAUUGUAAACUGUUUACCAAAUCUACCCCGGCUGGAAACUUUGCACCUGCAGCACAACAUGAUAACUAACAUUCGGUAUGGCGCGUUCGCAAAUCUUCCCCGGCUACGACUAUUGAACCUAUACCACAACCAAAUCACUAACAUUCAGCUUGGCAUAUUUUCAAAUCUGCCUCGACUCAAGGUUUUGAAACUUGAAAGCACCAAGAUAAUUGAUAUUCCUCCUGGUACAAUAUCAGGUGUACCCCAGCUAAAAUAUUUGUACCUCAACAACAACCAGAUCACUAAGAUUCAAUCUGGUACAUAUUUAAAUCUACCCAGGCUUGAAGUGUUGCGCUUGAACUCCAACAAUAUUACAAAAAUUAUGUCAGGUGCAUUCCGAAAUCUACCCAAAUUGAGAUUCUUGCAACUUACAUACAACCAAUUAACUGCAAUUCAGUCCGAUUUAUUCUCAAAUCUACCAUCGCUCAAAGUAUUGUACCUGAGCUCAAACCAGUUGACUGUCCUUCCCCCGUCAUCUUAUUUCACAUUUUCAUCAAUAUCUAGAAUAGGACUUAGCAAUAACCCCUGGAAAUGCGACUGUAGCAUGUUAGAUGCUGAUGGCGUCGGGAGUCUCCAGUUAGAAAAUGAUGGCGUUGGGAAUCUCCAGUUAGAUGCUGAUGGCGUUGGGAAGCUUCAGUUAGAUCCUGAUGGCGUUGGGAAUCUCCAGUUAGAUGCUGAUGGCGUUAGGAAGCUCCAGUUAGAUGCUGAUGGCGUUGGGAGUCUCAUGACUGUCCAGCUAGUCGUACGAAUGAGAACGCUGAGUGGAGUUCUUGUGCACGAUAUCCAGUCUUGA